CAGAUUGCCUGCGAUCGACUUGACCCUUGCUCAAAUUGCAUCAAAAAGGGUUGGAAUUGCGAGUUUCCAUCGCGUCAAAGGUCUACCGUUAAGGGACAGCGCAUUCAUAUCACCUCUGUGUACGAGAACAAGAUUAGCAAUAUCGAGAAGCAACUGCAGCAUGUAAUUGGCAUCCUCGAGCCAUAUGUUUCAGCCUCGUCAGCCAGCGCAGCAUCGGCCUCUGAGUCGCCCAAACGCAAGAGACCCUGCAUAGUCAACGAAGGAGAGAGAUCUCAACCCGGUCCCCGUUUUAAUGCGGCAUUUCCCCUUACACCAUCAACAAACACCACGUCAACACCUUUGUCUGCUUUUGAGGGCGACUCAUCGCUGGCUGCUCAUACAGCCAUGGCCAACAGCUUACUUGAGACAGCAGUAAGUUCGUCGUCCUUGCAGCCUCGGAUGGCUGAGGGGAUGGAGAACUUGCGCCAACUGAUCAGCGUCAAUGGUGAAAUACCCGAUGCUUAUGGGAUGGCAUCUUCGCACAACCCAAGACUCGGUUUGACUCCCAUGUUACCCCAGGGCGAGAUGUCUAUGCCUCCGAUUCAGACUGUCUUGAAGGUCCUAGACUUGAUGAAAGGGAAUCCUCGUUUUGAGUCAAUGGGCUUCCACAUGUUCUUGUCAGCCACCAAGUUCAUGGGGUAUCUAAACAGGGUGUAUACACCAGGAGAAGUGUCAACACUUGCUGAUUUUAUCAUCGUAAACGGAGCGCUUAUCGAUGUGUUCCUGCGAAGCAUUCUACUCACCGACGACAUUGACAUGAGAAGAGAUUUUCAGCAGCAAAUGAACCUCUGCGAGGGAAACCUCGAGAAUGCGUUAUCCAAACUUCCUGUUCACAUGCCGCACACGAUAGACCACAUCACAGCUCUGACCUUUGCUGUAUAUCACGCAAUCAGAUCAUCCCAAACCUCCCUUGCCUGGAGUUUAGUGACUACGGCCAUACAUAUGAGUAUUACUGCCGGUUUUCACCGCGCAUCAUCGGCCAAGAAUGAGUCCAAGCAAGAGACUAAUCAGAAAGCAUGGCUCUUUUGGUCACUUUACAGUGUUGAGAAGGGUCUCUCCCUACGACUUGGCCGACCCUCGUCCAUCUUGGAUUACGACAUCACAGUACCACUGCCGCAACACGAAGACCCAGAAAUCACCGCAUACACGUCAACCUUCAUCCGGUGGAUUAGGUUGUCCAUUGUCCAGGGCAAGAUCUACAAGAUGCUGUAUAGCCCUGCGGCACUAGCUGAGACCCCAGAAAGAAGAGCAACUUGGGCCCGUUCGCUUGUUGAGGAAACGAAAAAGAUUUACAAGCAAGUAGACGAAGCAAGUGUAGUAUCAGGAAACGAGACGGAGCUUUCCUUCUUCUCAGAAAACGUCCUGUUCUAUUCCACUUUAACUCUUAUACUGAAGUCCCUUCCUCCAGAUGAGGGUUCAACACAUCAUUUUGCAUCAGAAUGUAUCACGACGGCAAGGAUCGCUCUUCAGAAGCAUCAAGAUUACUGCAAGGCUCUAGGGCCCGAUAGUGGUAGACACAUCGACGUUUAUGUCAACUGGACGAUUCUGUAUAACCCAUUCGUCCCUUUCAUCGCCAUAUUCUGUCACGUGAUAGAAUCGGGAGACGUGCAAGAUCUCAAUCGACUACAGGCAUUCGUUGCCUCUUUAGAAUCUGCACGCAUGUACUCGCAGGCCACAGCAAACAUCCACCGCCAGUUUCAAGCUCUGUACAAUAUCGCGCAGCAGUUCACAGAGAUACGGACAUCGAACGAGCUUCUCAACGACGAGGCCAUCACUGAGUUUGACGAGUAUAUACAGGCAUUGGGUAUUUUCCCAUCUCGAAUGACAUAUAAUGAUAGUCUCGGACUUCUACCCAGCGCUGAAGCGGAUGACAUGGAACUCAAUGGCUGGGGCUGGUCUCAGGGUAAAUAA